UUUUGGGAUUGAAGUGAAAAUUUUUAUCUUGAUUUUGUAGCCUUACAUACGUACAAGAGCGAAUAGAAAUCCUUUGGAAUUAUGUUGUCAGCUUAUUUGUGUUGGCCAUAAUGGAAGGAGGAGAAAGCUGUACUACUUUUUGUUCUGAAUCUGUGUCGCCUAAUCUGUUGUCUUUUUCCCGUCUCUUUUGAGUUGUCAGUUUUUGAAGGAUGGAAAUUGUUAUCAGCAUACAAAAUUGCUUGGAAUUAAAAGUGGUUGCUAAUUUAGUUCGACCUCUCUAUACUUUGGUUGCAGUUUUUCAGUGAAGUGGAUUCCAUUUGUCAUCAGAAAAUGCUUUUAAUGUUAACGGGGAUUGACAUUUUUUUUAAGUUGCACUCCUCUAGAUCUGAGGAACAGAGAUGAGUGAGCUCUGAUGCUGUUGGAUUUAGAGGUAAAAUUUUCUCUUUGUACAACCAGAAUGAUUAAGCUUAUUUUUGUUUUGUUUUGCAUGCUAUACAUCUAUAUAGAAACCAUAAAUGGUCUCCUUCAUCUAUAGUUGAACUUAGCAUGAAUGCCUGAUUGAAACUUUUUUCCUGAUUUAUUUCCUCAGUGAACUGAACAAGCCUCAAGGUUAUAUUUUCAGGAUCUUGUGACAAGUUAGCUUGUGUUUUUUUAUGCACUUAGUUUUCUUUUCGUUCUGUUUCUCUGAUGGAUUGGAGUGCCAAAAACCCCUUGCAAUGGGACUGGGAAAAUUUAAUGAUGUUAAAUGCACCACCGACUGAAAUUCCAAGGAAGCUGAGACCAGUAGAGUGGCAUAUUGAUGGAGAUGAAGGAAUUAACUUAAGGUCUGUCUAUUCUCCCGGUGCUGCUGGGGUUAGUGGAGGUUCUGGCUCAGAUUUGGGCCUUGCUUCUCUGUCUAAAAGUUCAAAAUCGGCAUCUAAUUCAUCUACGGGGGAGGUAAAGGCAGCCAGGCAUACUUUGGAAGCCUUUGAAGCUGUACCAGAUGGUAUUAACAGCCAGAAAGAAGCUUCCAUGGUUGAGCUGGCUGGUACAUCCCCAACACUUGAGGCUUCCGUUGGCUCUGGUGAGCCAUUGCUUGGUUUAAAGCUUGGAAAAAGAACAUACUUUGAAGAUGUUUCUGCAGGAAGCAAUGCUAAGAAUGUGUCUUAUCAAUCCACUCCUGUACCAUCUCCUACCCCAGCAAAGAGAUCCAAACGCAAUUGUCAGGGCACACACGUUCCACGUUGCCAAGUCGAAGGCUGUAACCUUGACCUGUCUUUAGCUAAGGAUUACCAUCAGAAACACAGAAUUUGUGAAAGUCAUUCAAAGAGCCCAAAGGUCAUUGUACGUGGUCUAGAACGCCGGUUCUGCCAGCAGUGUAGCAAGUUGCAUGCCCUGUUGGAAUUUGAUGAAAAGAAGAGAAGUUGUCGCAGGCGUCUUUCUGAUCACAAUGCUAGACGCCGUAAACCACAAACGGAAGCAUUCCACUUCAAUGCUGCAAGACUUUUGUCAUCAUCAAAUGAUGGGAAGCAACAGAUGAGUUUUGACCGGAAUAAAGUAUCAGUUCUUCAUAAUGCUAGACCCAACGAGGAUUUUGCAUGGGAAAGCACACUUGACUCCAAGCCCUUUCAACUUAAAGGCUAUAAUCCUACAAAAAUUGGAAAUGUCAAUGGACAGCAACACCUUCCUGGCAAUCAGCUGUUGAGUUCGAUCACAAUGCGAUGUCAUGAUUCCAAUGGAUACCUGCAUACGAAGGGCAAGCAAAGCACAGCUGAUGUUCUUAACCAAGGUGUAGAAGAAUCCACAAUUGCAUCAGAUAUGGCUACGGCUCAAGAUCUUCAUCGUGCUCUCUCUCUUCUGUCAAAUGAUUCAUCGGUUUCUUGUGAGCCAAAACACGGUUCGGUUGCCUACCCCAUGCAUGUUGAUCCUACUACCAGUGUGUCUCAGCAGCCUAAGAAUGCAAUUUCGCAAGGAUUUCUGAUGGAACAUCAGACAGCUGAAUCCCAAGUGCAUAACAGUGAUGGUGACAACCAUUUCCAAGAGUUCCAGCCGCUCAAGGCUCCCUAUGAUAAUGGCUUCUAUUCCAACCAGAUGAACUGACUUCACAAAAUGGUCCAAUUCUGCAUUUUUCUUCUUUCCAUAAUUUGGAAUUUGUGAUCCCAUUGGAAUCAAUUCAAAGCUUAAA